UGUCAUAGGUCACAACAAAACAGGUCUGCCGAAAAUAAAGUCUUCAAGUUGUAAAUAGUUCAAGAAUAGAACUUCCUGGUUGUUAGAUUAGGAAGUUAAACAUCGAAAAUGGAAUCCGAUUGAUAUUUUCUCAAUUGUGAUAACGAUUGGCAGGGUUCGGCUGAAAGAAAACGAAAAUACGAGAGUGUUGACUAAAAGUAAACAUGUCUUGGACAGCGGGGAUUUUGUUUGUGUCCUGGUUUUGCAUUGUCUCUGUAACUGAAGCUGCUUUGGGAACAAGCUGCAAUGAAACUGCAGAUCCAUCAAAUUGUGCAGCGACUGAAAGCUGUACUAACAGCAUUUGUGUAUGUAGCAAUGGAUAUUUUGACGUCAGUGGAAAAUGCGAAUCAAAUUCCAUCUCAGUCACUUUACAAGCAGACUCUACCAGUAUAGUUUAUGGAUCAAGUGUGGUUCUUACAGCUACAAUUACAUCAGCAGUACCUGUGGACACUGUCAAAUGGCAGAAAGAAGAAAUGAAUAUUGAUAUAAACCAAGAAAAGUACACACAGUCUAAUGUAGUAUCUAACAAGAUCACAUUGACCAUCAUGUAUCUUGUAACUAAUGAUGGCGGUAGUUACAGAGUCCAAGUCAACAACUUUGCAGGAAUCACCAGUAGCUGGAGUACUCCUGUGACAUUAACUGUGACUGGAGUGGUGCCAACUGUAACGGUACCUGGGAAAAUAACAGAGACGGACACCACUGUUACCAUCGACUGUACUGCCAGUGUCUCACAAGGUUCUCCUGCAUUAACAGCUGUAUACUGGUUGUUAAACGGUGCAAAUCUAACUUCUUCACAAAGCAACAAGUACUCCGGUGGAAAUUUGAACACUAAGUCACUAACCAUUAAUAGCAUAGGACCUACAGAUGCUGGAGAAUAUCGAUGUGUGGCAACAAAUUUUGUUGGAUCUACCAAUAGUUUACAAUCUGUAACUCUGGCUCCUCCAUCUGAUGUGCAUAUAUCAACUUCACAAUUUGUUGAUCCAAUAUAUAUUGGAAGCAGCAUCACAAUUACUGGAUCCUUCACAUCAAAUCUACGUACAGAAAACAAGUGGCAGAAACUGAUUGGAGCAGAGCUCACAGAUAUUGAUAUCACAGAUGAACGAUACGCAGGGAGCUCCCUCGCAAGUCCCACUCCUAAACUUGUGAUUACAAAAGUAGACCUCAUUGAUCGAACAUCUUUUAGACUUGUGGUCACCAACAGAGUUGGCUUCAACCAAAGUGAAUCCAUCACAUUAAAUGUGGUAGACGGUUCUAUCUCGGUCACCUUAACACCACCAUCAAUCAGUGUGAAGUAUGGAGAAGAUGUGACCUUAACAGCAACGAUUGAAUCACCUGCAACUGUAACUAAUAUCAAAUGGCAGAAGGUGUCAGGGGGAUCUGCAUCAGACUUAGAUAUAAACCUGGAUAAGUACACACAAACAGAUUCAGGUCCUGGUACAGUCACAUUAAUGAUAAAAAAUGUAGAAUUCACAGAUUCUGGUAAUUACAGAGUCCAAGUCAGCAAUGCUGCAGGAACUACCAAAACUAGUAACCAGGUGUCACUGAAUGUGAAAGCUCUAGAGUUUAAUGACAAUUGUACCAACACAGUUUCGUGUAAUUCCUCCAUACAUCUUGAAUGUAGCAACAAAAAAUGUCUCUGUGUGAGCAAUUACUACCAUAAGGAGCAAGUGUGUUAUGCAGAUUCCAUCUCAGUCACCUUACAAGCAGACUCUAACAGUAUAUUUUAUGGAUCGAGUGUGGUUCUAACAGCUACAAUUACAUCAGCAGUACCUGUGGACACUGUCAUCUGGCAGAAAGAAGAAAUGAAUAUUGAUAUAACCCAAGAAAAGUACACACAGUCUAAUGUAGAAUCUAACAAGAUCACAUUGACCAUAACUAAUCUCGUAACUAAUGAUGGCGGUAGUUACAGAGUCCAAGUCAACAACUCUGCAGGAAUCAUCAGUGGCUGGAGUACUCCUGUGACACUAACUGUGACUGGAGUGAAGCCAACUGUAACGGUACCUGGGACAAUAACAGAGACGGACACCACUGUAACCAUCGACUGUACUUCCAGUGUCUCACAAGGUUCUCCUGCAUUAACAGCUGUAUACUGGUUGUUGAACGGUGCAAAUCUAAGUUCCUCAGAAAGCAACAAGUACUCCGGUGGAAAUUUGAACACUCAGUCACUAACCAUUAAUAGCAUAGGACCUACAGAUGCUGGCGAAUAUCGAUGUGUGGCAACAAAUCUUGUUGGAUCUACCAAUAGUUUACAAUCUGUAACUCUGGCUCCUCCAUCUGAUGUGCAUAUAUCAACAUCACAAUCUGUUGAUCCAAUAUAUAUUGGAAGCAGCAUCACAAUUACUGGAUCCUUCACAUCAAAACUACAUACAGAAAACAAGUGGCAGAAACAGAUUGGAGCAGAGUUCACAGAUAUUGAUAUCACAGAUGGACGAUAUGCAGGGAGCUCCCUCGCAAGUCCCACUCCUAAACUUGUGAUUACAAAAGUAGACCUCAUUGAUGGAACAUCUUUUAAAUUUGUAGUCACCAAUAGAGUUGGCUUCAACCAAAGUGAAUCCAUCACAUUAAAUGUGGUAGACGGUUCUAUCUCGGUCACCUUAACACCACCAUCAAUCAGUGUGAAGUAUGGAGAAGAUGUGACCUUAACAGCAACGAUUGAAUCACCUGCAACUGUAACUAAUAUCAAAUGGCAGAAGGUGUCAGGGGGAUCUGCAUCAGACUUAGAUAUAAACCUGGAUAAGUACACACAAACAGAUUCAGGUUCUGGUACAGUCACAUUAAUGAUAAAAAAUGUAGAAUUCACAGAUUCUGGUAAUUACAGAGUCCAAGUCAGCAAUGCUGCAGGAACCAUCAAAACUAGUAACCAGGUGUCACUGAAUGUGAAAGCUCUAGAGUUUAAUGACAAUUGUACCAACACAGUUUCGUGUAAUUCCUCCAUACAUCUUGAAUGUAGCAACAAAAAAUGUCUCUGUGUGAGCAAUUACUACCAUAAGGAGCAAUUGUGUUAUGCAAUGUCCUCAGCUCCAACAAACUUGGCCAUAGACGAAAUUCGAAGCAGAGGAUUUAUAAUUAUAUUUAACAGACCAGACAAUGUCAAUGGCUUCUUAGCAGCUUACAAGAUAGUUAUUUCAGAAGGAGGAAAUUGUGUUCAGCAGAUACUAGUCCUUGGUCACUGCUCCAUAUGUAUGAGCACAGAUGGCUGUCCACCACCCAUAAAUUAUACUGUCCCCAACAUUACCAAUUAUGAUGUGUCAUACACAGCGGAUGGUCUGGAUCCAUGCACCCAUUAUCUGGUGAAGGUAGUGGCUAUUAAUGGAAAGGGUGAAGGACAUCCUGUGAACAAAACAGUCUGGACUGAUGAAGAAGUUCCUCUGCAGCCUCGACAGAUUACUGCAAGCAAUGUACAAUCUUCGUCAUUAACAUUGGCUUGGACUUUACCAGAUCCAUCCCCUGGAAAUACCACAUACACUAUUUACAUAUAUGAAGGCACUGAUGAUGUAGGAUCAAAUUUUUUAAUGAAGGAUUCCACAAAAGUGUAUGGGUUUGAGACAAAGAUGCUAUCAGUGACAGGUUUAAAGGAGUAUUGGCCGUAUAAAUUCCAAGUUAACGCUGCUACAGAAAAAGGAAAUAGAACAUCAGACUUUUCAAGUGUUUUUAAAACGAAAUUAGCAGUGAUAAAAAAUGACGAAACAACCAGUAAAUCAUCUAUCAUUGGAAGUAUUGUUGCUGUUGUCUUAGUUGUAGCUGUGGUUGUGAUCGGCAUCUUUAUAUGGAAACGAAAUCGAAGACAUAAAGAAUAUAAAGAACAGGCUAUUACCUACGCAGAUCUGAACCUUGAUGAACGUACAAAAGUAGAUCAACCUUAUUCAUUAUUGGAGCAUGGAAGAACUGUAAAGAACAAGUCAGUUCCAUUGAAUUCUUUCUAUGAUAAUGUGGUGGAUCUUUUGAACAACAAUCGACAAAAACUGACGAAAGAAUAUUAUGAUUUACUACAAGAUACCGAAAGAUCCGCUUCGACUGCUGCUACUUCUAAAAAUAAUAUCUCAAAAAACAGAGGCAAUAUCAUUCCAUAUGACUUUAAUCGUGUUAAAUUAUGUUUACCUGGGGCAAGUGACUACAUCGAUGCUAGUGUUAUGUUGGACAAAUGUUACAUUUUGACGAGCUACCCUAUCGCAAAAACAUUUGGGAUUUUCUGGCAAAUGAUAUGGGAACAAAGUGUCUCCACAAUAGUUGUGAUCACGGAACAGAAUGAUGCUAGAGAAUCAUGGUACUUCUCGGAUAAUGAGGGAACUGUCCGUACUAUAGAGAGAAUCAAUGUCGAAUUGCUUGCCAAAUUCCAAUCAUCUGAGAGUGUCACUAUGAGGAAAAUAAAACUGUCCAGGGGAAAACAUUCAAAGGUAGUCAACCACUUCCAUGUGAUAAGCCUGGAAAUGACUGACCUACCGGAUCAGAUUCUUGCUCUAAUCAAUACUGUUACCCAAAAUAAUGUAAAGAACAUAGGACCACAGGUUGUACAUGGCGAAUGCACUGGGAUCGAUAAUAGUGGUGUUUAUAUUGCGGUUGAUCAUGCAGUGAAAUCUGUAGUUUCCGGUGGUAAUGAAAUUGAUGUGUAUGGAACUGCACGGACAGUGAUGAAAGAAAGAAUGUUUUCUAUUUCUUCGUUGGAACAAUAUUCAGCAAUAUACACUUGUCUUCAGAAAUAUGUGCAAAACUCGCCUGCCUGUAAAAACGAUGCUACAGGUGCUUACGAAUAUUUACCCUGAAUUAAAACGCCAACCUGAAAAAUACAUUGCAAGACAUUGCAACAAAAAUUUGAUAAAUAAUGGAGGAUACCUUAAUGUAAAUGCCAGAACAUUGUAUUUUAUCUUAAAGUGCCAUUUUUAUCCAAGACUGUGUGUAAAUCAAAGUUUUGACGUAGCCAAAUACAUAAACUAAUAUAUGUUAUAAUAUUACAUCCGAGUCAAUAAUUAACGUAUAAUAUUGAAAUUUAGAACAAAUGUAGCUUAGAUUUUCAAACUAUUUAGUUACAGAACAAUUUUUCAUUUUUUCUGAGAAUAUAUGUGCAUUCUAACCUAUGAGUCUGGAUAUAGUUAUUUAUCAACCUGUAAAAUAUGUACAUGUAAAGUUGGACAAUUGAACCUAGAUGUGCGUAUUUAUUUUAGAUAAUUUGUUUUUUAUAAUAAUUCAGUGAUGCAGUUGAUUCCAAACAAUUAAAAGGAUUUCAUAAACUCCUGAGUUAUUUCCAUACCUACAUAUACGUAUCUGCAAUAUGCGGGUCAGUUUUGACGCACUUCGUUUAUUGUCCGUCUUAGGUUCUCAUUUCUAUCCAUUUCUGUUGUUUCAUUAGUAAAGCAUGCCAAUCGGUCAAGAAAAGGUGAAACCGAUCUUGGGCAAAAAUUCCGAGAAUUCUUUUUAGCCGGGCUCUGCUGGAAGCAGAGUCCUGGCUAUAGGCUGGCAAAUCGCCAAUGUUACUAUAAAUAGCACAACUUCAAAAGUAAACAAAAAACCAAACAACGUCAAGGUAAAGCUUCCGCUAUUUCAAAUAGUUACACAAAGAGCCACGUUUUGUCAAAAGUGUUGGCAUUUUGUUUCUUUUUUUACAAUUUCGAAUGAAUUGUCUUUCUUUUUUAGUUUUCUUAUUCAUAACGUGUUUUUAAAACAUUACUUUGCAUAUUGGACACAUACAAUGCGCGAAUUGUGACAGGGGGUAAUAGACUAGCCUCCAAAACUCUCCUAUACAAAGAAACAGGCUGGGUUCCUUUAUCUAAGCGUCGGGAAGACCAUCGGUUAUUCUUUUGUUUAAAAUGUUUCACGGCAAAGUUCCCAAUUAUCUCUUAAGCCUUUUGCAGACUCAACUGCUCUCUAAUGAAUCACAUAAUACACGAAGCACUAACUCAAUACGAGAAAUCUACACAAGAACUAAGCUAUAUUACGAAUCUUUUCUUCCCAAUACCAUACGACUUUGGAACACAAUACUAAGCAAUGUACAGAACAAUCCUUCCAUAAGAAGCUUCAAAAAAUAUCUAAACAAAAACAACAUAACUAUUCCCGAAUACUAUCAUAUAGGGUCUCGCAUAGGUAAAAUUCUCCACUCUCAACUACGUUUAAAUGUAGUACUUUAAAUCUUUAUAUGUUCAACAGAAACCUUUGUCCAUCCCCUUUUUGUUCGUGUGGGUCAGUAGAAAACACUGAUCAUUACCUUUUGCAUUGUCCAAAAUAUGCUACAAUACGAAAUAUAACAAUAAACACACUCGCAAAUUCUACAGACCCUAACUUUAAUUACUACUCUACGGAUCUAAUUAUCUAAAUAUUGUAGAAAAUGAACAAAUUUCUCACGCAGUACAAAGAUUUAUACUUGAGAGUAAAAGAUUCAGCAAUCAUAAUAUCACGUAGAAUGUUGUACAAUAAUAAUAACUUUUUUCGGUUGCCUGUUUAUCUUAUUCCCACCACUUAUAUUUAUGACAAUAAUUAAUGGAAAUCGGCAAAAAUCCUACGGUAUCUCUAUGAUUUGUUAGCAUAUAUUGAGUUAAAAUUGUACUGAAAACGUACACAUAACUGGUGUAAGAAAUAAUUAAGCCACCUUUUCUUUUUUGUAUGGAUGUGUUUGAACAUUAACACGUGAUUAUGUAUACUAGAUUUCUGUUUUGAUGUUCAACCAACGAAUAUAUUGUAAUAUUCUUUUCAUGAUAUUUUAUUUUGUUGACUUUUUUUUCAUUACCUCAUAAAAUGUGUUUCCAACUUUGACUUUUGACACAUUUUCCUAUUUUGGUCCUUGUACUUACACUUCAUUUCACACCUCUCAUUUCUGCAGUGUAUGCAAGAGAGGGAUUAAUAUAAGCCCUAUGGCUUGUUUCCCGAUCUUACAAUUGUAAUUAUCAUCAUGUAAAUGUCUUUGAAUCUAUAAUGAAUAAAUAUUGU